ACUUUUGAUAUUCAUUAGCCAGCACACAUAGCUACCCUUCCUAUAUCCUCCUUCGACGUCGUUCCACCUAAAGUCUAGUCCAAACGUUUACUUUCGUCUCCCUGUUUUCAAACAUCUCCCAUUUUUCUAUUUCUAGUUUCAUCAUAGUCUUCAAUGUCACUCUGAGCGAGCUGUGUGUCUAUCUCUAUGUUAGAGACUGCACCGAUUUUGAAUACUUCCUCCAUCCCGCAGUUAAUAGUAGGAACGCGGUUGCUAUGGUAUUCAAAGGCAGGUUUUUCUCGUCCUCCAAGAAAUCCGAUUCUUCCAGCCCCGACGGAUCCAGUCCCCGGUUCCUUGGUUCUAACUCACCCAACAGAUCCGACAAGAAGAAGAACAAAUCAGCCGCCAAAGAUGAAUCGCAGAUUUCUAACCCCAGCAGCAGUAGCUUCAGAGGUACUGUUCUGAAAGAUGCUUCCCGGAGCAAGGAUUGGAAACGAAAAGACAGUCAAGCUCCAUUGCCGAUCGAGACGCCAUCGAAGUCUGGUUCAAUAUCCGCCUUGAACUUGGGGCCGAAGGGCAAGAAGUCGGCCGAUGUGAAGGACGUGGCGUCAUCGGUUUCACCUAUUCUGGCAUCAUCACUCGGAUUGAAUAGGAUAAAGACAAGAUCAGGCCCACUGCCGCAGGAGAGCUUUUUGGGUUUCAAAGGUGAUAAGGGCUCCUUGGGUUCGAGCAAUCUUUCCAGGAAUUGUGGUGAUGGAAGCUCAGGCUCGAAUUCAGGUUCAACAUGGUCGGGGUCUUCUCGUGGGGGGAAGAAAGAGGCGGCGUGUCAGAAAAGAUUGGGUUUUCAGGACAAUGUUAAAAGCUAUAUUCACGAUGCUAGCAAUUCCGAGAAUAUGCCAAUUGGUAAUGCACCAUCUACUGAACGGAGUCCAAGUUUGUUAGGACAGCCUCGGAUACAGAAUAUUGAAUCAUCCAACGAAGCUGGAUGCUAUGGAUCAUCAUGGGGAUUUUCUGAAGGAUUAAGAAAUUUAGAUUUCUGUACGCCAGAGCCCUCUUAUGAUUGUGAAAAUCCAAAGGAGUCUGAGUCUCCUCGCUUUCAAGCUAUACUCCGAGUCACAAGUGCUCCUCGAAGAAAGUAUCCUGCUGACAUCAAAAGUUUUUCCCACGAACUAAAUUCGAAAGGUGUACGACCUUUCCCACUUUGGAAGUCACGUCGUUUAAAUAAUUUGGAGGAGAUCUUAGUUAUGAUACGAGCAAAAUUUGACAAGGCUAAGGAAGAAGUAAAUUCUGACUUGGCUAUUUUUGCUGCUGAUCUGGUUGGAGUUCUUGAGAAAAAUGUUGAUACUCAUCCAGAGUGGCAAGAGACAAUCGAAGACUUGUUGGUUUUAGCUCGAAGCUGUGCAAUGUCAUCCCCAGGUGAAUUUUGGCUUCAGUGUGAAAGCAUUGUUCAGGAAUUGGAUGAUAGACGCCAAGAACUUCCUCCUGGCAUGCUGAAACAACUUCAUACACGAAUACUGUUCAUUCUCACUAGAUGUACCAGGUUGCUGCAGUUCCAUAAAGAAAGUGGGUUAGCUGAAGAUGAAAAUGUUUUUCAACUUCGUCAGUCAAGAAAUCUGCAUUCUGCUGAUAAACGCACGGCUCCGGCUAUGGGAAGGGAAAUGAAAAGUUCUAGCGCAGCCAAGGCUUCGAAGGGAACAUCUUCCAGGAAAUCUUACAGCCAGGAGCAGCGUGGUUUGGAUUGGAGCAGAGAACAUGAUAUACUGCCUGGGAAUAAUGUUUCAACAUCUCCUGAUGAUACUUCAAAGAACUUGGUAUCUCCUACUGGCAGAGAUCGGAUGGCAUCUUGGAAAAGAUUGCCUUCUCCAGCAAAAAGCAGCGUGAAAGAAUCUACUUUGAAGGUUCAGGGUGAUAAUAAAAAAUUUAAAUCUCUGAACAUGUCAAAAAUCAGGAUGAGUGUUUCUGAAACUGAUUUUGCUGCUGCUAAGGUUUCUGAGCUUCCUCUGCCCAGAGAUUCGCAUGACCAACCUACAAAGCACCAACAUAAACCUUCUUGGGGUUGGGGUGAUCAACCAACUGUAUCUGAUGAGAGUUCAAUAAUAUGUCGAAUUUGUGAAGAAGAAAUUCCUACUGCAAAUGUGGAAGAUCAUUCAAGAAUUUGUGCAGUUGCUGAUAGAUGUGAUCAAAAGGGUAUAAGUGUUAAUGAACGUCUACUCAGAAUUGCUGAAACUUUAGAGAAGAUGAUCGAGUCUUUUACGCAGAAGGAUUCUCAGCAUGUAGGAAGUCCGGAUGUUGCAAAAGUUUCAAAUUCUAGCAUGACCGAAGAAUCUGAUAUUUCCCCAAAACAUAGUGAUUGGUCCCGCAGGGGCUCAGAAGACAUGCUAGAUUGCUUCCAUGAAACUGAUAGUUCUGUAUUCAUGGAUGACUUAAAAGGUUUACCUUCCAUGUCUUGUAAAACUCGUUUUGGUCCAAAGUCUGAUCAAGGUAUGACAACAUCAUCGGCUGGUAGCAUGACUCCUAGAUCUCCUUUAUUAACACCAAGAACCAGUCAGUUUGACUUGUUUUUGGCAGGAAAAGGUGCUUACUAUGAACAUGACGAUCUUACGCAGAUCAGUGAUUUGGCAGAUAUUGCACGUUGUUCAGCUAAUACACCUCUGGGGGAUGAUUGCUCGAUGCAGUAUCUGCUAACAUGCCUUGAAGACUUGAGAGUUGUCAUUAACCGCAGGAAGUUUAAUGCACUGACAGUUGACACUUUUGGCACUCGCAUUGAAAAGUUAAUCCGGGAGAAGUAUUUGCAACUUUGUGAGUUGGUGGAUGAUGAAAAGAUCGACAUAGCAAGCACUGUCAUUGAUGAAGAUACUCCUCUUGAAGAUGAUAUUGUUCGUAGCUUAAGAACUAGUCCCAUCCAUUCUUCAAAGGAUCGUACAUCAAUUGAUGACUUUGAGAUUAUAAAACCAAUCAGCCGUGGGGCAUUUGGUCGGGUUUUCUUGGCUAAAAAGAGGACUACGGGGGAUCUUUUUGCAAUAAAGGUUUUGAAGAAAGCGGAUAUGAUUCGGAAGAACGCGGUUGAAAGUAUUUUGGCAGAACGUAAUAUUUUAAUUUCUGUGCGCAAUCCUUUUGUGGUUCGCUUCUUCUACUCUUUUACUUGUCGUGACAAUUUGUAUCUUGUGAUGGAGUAUUUGAAUGGAGGAGACCUUUACUCUUUGUUGAGAAAUUUGGGCUGCUUAGACGAAGAGGUUGCUCGUGUAUAUAUCGCAGAAGUUGUUCUUGCAUUGGAGUAUUUGCAUUCACUUGGGGUUGUUCAUCGGGACUUAAAGCCUGAUAAUUUAUUAAUAGCACAUGAUGGCCAUAUUAAGCUGACAGAUUUUGGGCUUUCCAAGGUUGGUCUAAUCAACAGUACUGAUGACUUGUCUGGACCAGCUGUUAGUGGGACCACUCUUCUUGGCUAUGAUGAGCCUACCAUGUCUGCUUCCGAGCAUCAACAAGAAAGACGGAAAAAACGUUCUGCUGUUGGCACACCAGACUAUUUGGCACCCGAGAUACUAUUGGGAACUGGACACGGCGCCACAGCUGACUGGUGGUCUGUUGGGAUCAUUUUAUUUGAACUUAUUGUUGGCAUUCCACCCUUCAAUGCAGAGCAUCCCCAGACUAUAUUUGAUAACAUUCUCAAUCGUAAGAUCCCUUGGCCUCAAAUACCUGAAGAGAUGAGCCAUGAUGCUCAAGAUCUAAUUGACCGAUUAUUGACGGAAGAUCCCCACCAGCGACUUGGAGCUAUAGGUGCAUCAGAGGUGAAACAACAUAUGUUCUUCAAAGAUAUUAACUGGGACACGCUUGCUCGACAAAAGGCUGCAUUUGUUCCAACAUCUGAAAGUGCUCUUGAUACUAGUUAUUUUACAAGUCGCUAUUCAUGGAAUCAUUCAGAUGAUCAUGUCUAUCCACACAGUGAACUUGAGGAUUCGAGUGAUGCCGAUAGCUUGAGUGGUGAUAGUUGUUUGAGCAAUCGUCAAGAUGAAGUGGGAGAUGAAUGUGGGGGUCUUACAGAUUUUGAGCCCGGUGCUUCUGUCAAUUACUCAUUCAGUAAUUUCUCUUUCAAGAAUCUCUCCCAGCUCGCAUCCAUCAACUAUGACCUGCUUUCCAAGGGUUUGAAGGAUGAUCCUCCCAAUCAUGAUGCAUAAAUGUGUUAAUCCUCUCAUAAUUGCUGAGUACUUUUAGGCGAUUGGUUCGGUAUUCGUCCUUUUAUUUGUAAUGUUCUGUACAUGUUCGUAGACAGACAUAUUUUAGAGGCUAUAUCUUGUUCGAGAUGCUCUCUUCCAAAUUAUAGGCGCCAUCUCCAGAACCAUGUGGCCUUCAGUUUUCAUUUUCCCUUUGUUUCACUUCUCUUUCUUCAAACUCACCUCACUGUGAGUUCAGAACUUCAAUUUUCCAUUGUUUAAAUUGUCCAACUGUUUUACCUUUUUUCUGACAAUUCGUAUAUUUAUGUAUUUGUAAUAUAUUAAUUAUAUAAGAAAGAGAGGCACCAUUGUGUACAGCAUUCCUUUGGCAUACACCCUGACCAUAUUAGUAUAUGACGAAAGGAAGUUGAAAAUAAAUUCACAGGCGUUUGUUUC